GAUCUUCUCCUCCCGGCCGCUCCCCCGUGCAGAGUCCUCUGCAGUCAGUCGCCUGCAGGAGGCUGGUAACAGGGAGCUGAGCUGGGAGUGCAGGCUGGACACGGCCGGGCUGCGCGCACCCGCUCGGCCGCCGCCCCUGCGGAUGAUGAAUUUACAGCUUGAAGUUGGAAAGGAUGAGGACCAUGAGACCCAUGACUUGCCCAGGUCACCCGACUUGUAAGAGGCAGAGACAACAUGCACACCCAAACUGCCUAACUCCAGAGCCUGUCCUGUGCCCUAUGGUCGUCACUGGAUCCCUUCUGCUGUAGCUAAUCCUCAAACUAUAGAACUGGAUCCUGGGACUAUAAGCAAACUCCCAGGGACAUGACUAUUGAUUUCCAUGAAUUCAGCCACCCCACCAUUGCUGCAAAUUGGGUCUUAGGUACAAAGGCAAUGAAUGACUAUGAAAAGCCUGAGUGGUCAUCUCCAGGAAUGAAAAGACUAGCUUGAAAGAAUAAUGGAUUCUAUUUAGGCAGGAAAACUGACAAAGCAGUCAAACCAUUAUUUUUACAUUGUUUAAAGAAUGUUGGAGAAAUAAUCCACAGUGAAAAAGGACUCAGCAGAAAAUGUGACUGUCAUUGGGUGACAGCUACUAGGGAGCUAGAAAGCUUUUUUUUGAAAUGAAUUUUUCUUUGGUUUGCUCUUUUGGCAGAAGGAAUCAAAAUCUCCCCACUGAGUCUUUUCAGUUUUGUUUCUAGCACAGCUAAUUGUGUUUAUUUGUCUCCAGAACCAAGUGCCUGCCUCUUCUCCCUUGCCUUUUCUUUAGGUCUCUCGCCUGCUGUGUACUGCUUUUACUGCCAAAAAUGUUCUUCUCACCUGGGAGCCAGUUGGUUGACAACACCAAGAAUACAUUGGGAGCUUAAUUCUGCCUCCCCGGAGAUCUGACCUAGCCCCUGGCACCCAAGCUUGCUAUAAAGAGAAGAGUGAUGAGAGAGAAAUCAGAUAAUCUGUGAAAGGCAUGUGAACAUAUUGUCACCAUAAGGGACUUCAAGAAGAUCUUUCCAGAGGCAGAGGGAACAUCUACUUGGAACUCAUGACACAUUGCAGAAGUUAAGGACACAUCAAGUUUUAGCAAAGAGGAAAGAGCCCUAUUAAAAGUGAAAGGGUCUCACUAAGUUGCCCAGGCUGGCCUUGAACCUCUCACCUCAGCUUCUCAAAUCCCUGGGAUUACAUAUGUGCACCACCACAGCCAGCCUGAAUUAAGGCUGCCCCGGCCCCCACGACGCCACCGCCAUGACGACAGCCAUCCUGGAGCGCCUGAGCACCCUGUCCGUGAGCGGCCAGCACCUGCGCCGCCUGCCCAAGAUCUUGGAGGAUGGACUUCCCAAGAUGCCCUGCACCGUCCCGGAAACGGAUGUGCCCCAGCUCUUCCGGGAGCCGUACAUCCGCACGGGCUACCGCCCCACGGGGCACGAAUGGCGUUACUACUUCUUCAGCCUCUUUCAGAAACACAACGAAGUCGUCAAUGUCUGGACCCACCUGCUGGCGGCCCUGGCCGUACUUUUGCGAUUCUGGGCCUUUGCGGAGGCCGAGGCCUUGCCGUGGGCCUCUCCUCACUCCCUGCCCCUGCUCCUGUUUAUCCUGUCCUCCAUCACGUACCUCACGUGCAGCCUUCUGGCCCACCUGCUGCAGUCCAAGUCCGAGCUGUCCCACUACACCUUCUACUUCGUGGACUACGUUGGCGUCAGUGUUUACCAAUAUGGCAGUGCCUUGGCCCACUUCUUCUACAGCUCCGACCAGGCCUGGUACGAGCGGUUCUGGCUUUUCUUCUUGCCCGCAGCUGCCUUCUGCGGCUGGUUAUCGUGUACUGGCUGUUGCUACGCAAAGUAUCGUUACCGAAGGCCUUACCCAGUUAUGAGGAAGAUCUGUCAAGUGGUACCGGCAGGGCUGGCCUUCAUCCUAGACAUCAGUCCUGUGGCACACCGGGUGGCACUCUGCCACCUGGCUGGCUGCCAGGAGCAGGCAGCCUGGUACCACACCCUCCAGAUCUUUUUCUUCCUGGUCAGCGCCUACUUCUUCUCCUGCCCGGUACCUGAGAAGUAUUUCCCGGGUUCCUGUGACAUCGUGGGCCAUGGGCAUCAAAUCUUCCAUGCCUUUCUGUCUAUCUGCACGCUCUCACAACUGGAAGCCAUCCUUUUGGACUACCAGGGGCGACAUGAGAUCUUCCAACAGCGCCAUGGUCCUUUGUCUGUCUACAUGGCCUGCCUUUCUUUCUUUUUCUUGGCCGCCUGUAGUGCUGCCACCGCAGCCCUUCUGAGACACAAAGUCAAGGCCAGACUGACAAAGAAAGAUUCAUGAGGCUUUUGGGUGGAAUAGGAUGUAGAUGUGAACGUGGCCCUUGUGAUUUGGGGAAAACUUGAUACAACAAUGGAAGUUGACUUGUUAUUUUUAGGGGUUGAUUUUCAAAUUAAUAUGUAUUUCCAAGGAUAUGCUAUGGCUACAGCAUUUAAAAGCCAAAGGAUUCAAGAGUUUUGUUGUUAAGUAAAGGAAUAUUCCUUUUCCUUCUGGGUCAUAGCCUUAGAAGGAAAGGGAUCUUGGUAAGAUUGAUGAAACACUGAACUGAGAACUAUCUUCAUGCCUGAAAAUUUAGCAGAUUCUGACUAUAGCUUCCAGAGGCAAGCUUCCAGAGUGGAUAAUAAAAUAGUACUGGAAAGUAAGUAGGUUUGUCCUCACCUUAUUGGAAUAACCAUCCUACUAUGCUGGUCUUUGGUAAUUGAAUAAAUUGACCUAAAGACCUUGUCUUAUUUGGAUUUCAAAUUAUCUAGAGGAAAAGUCAGAAUCUUCAAGAUGAUUCAGUGAAACUGUUAGAAAUAAUGAAUUACUCAGUUCAUCUGAUUUCUGAUCCCUACUCUCUCAUCCACUCUACCACUGACCCUUUCUCAGGACAGUUGUCUGCCUGGCUGUUUUUUUUUUGUUGUUGUUGUUGUUUUUUUUUUUUUUUUUGUCUGAAGUGCUGUUCACUCCUGUCCCAUCUUUGCAUGGUAACUAUGAAGCAGUCAUACUUCCAGGAAAUGCUUGAAGCCAUGUGACAUGCAGGAAGUUCAUUCUUGUAUAAUACUGAUGUAAAUGGUACUAGAAAGUACAGUGCCAAGAGCCUCCAGGAGGCCCAGCCAACAAGCAACAAACUUGCUUGUUUGGUGUUAUGGGACCCUUCUUUUAUACCUGUGAACUGUAGGAUUACCAGAGCUAUUAGGGCUGCCUUACAAACCAGAAGAUCUGGGGGUUGCUCUAAGAUUCUAAAAAACAUAUUGACAAAAAUGGCUCUUUUGGGGGGUGGGGGUGGGGAACCCUUUGUAGGGUGAAAUGGUCCUAAGUUUCCUCUGGGGGUCUGAUUAUUUCAAGAGAAACUUGAAGUCCAGCCUUCUACAUAGAUUCUGCCUCAUGAAGGACCAACAUAACCACCUCAAUUCAGGGGCCUCAAGCAGGCAGAACCUUAAAAUAAUCAAGUCCCAGUACAUGUGUUCACUGUGGUUGGUCCCUAAAGGGUCCUUGGGUAAGAGCAAGGGAAUCAGGCACCUAUAACCAAAAUGCUCUGCUUGGAACAUUGCUGCCCAGCAGCUUCUGUGAGACAGGUGGUGCUUGCAAUUAUUGUUCUGGCCAUGCAGCCCUCUCUGAGGACUGGCUUCUGCACUAAUCCAGUGAAGGAGGCUGCAUCAAAGGAAGGGCUGAGAAGCCUUCUCUUCAUUGGCUACAUUUCCUAUCAGUAUAAAGUCCCUUGUUUACUAAAAAAGGAAGUGGUUUGUUUUAAUUACAGUUUGAUGAACCUCCUCUAAGAUUAUUUUCUUGUCUUCAGAAACAAAGAGUACUUUUUAUUCCUUUUUCUGAAAGAUUUGUGAGUUUUGUGCCUUAUAAAUGGAAAUGUAUGAACACUUUAUUUAAUAUAUGCACGUGUGGGAUUUCCUAUCUUGGGUUAUUGGGAUCAGAAAAAAAAAUCAUUGUAAACCUAAGAAAGCUAGAACUAUUUAUCAAUAAAAAGACUUUGAAUCUCUGUUUUGGCCAAAAAAAAAAAAAAAAAAAUCCAACUCAAGCUUUCCUGUAAUCUUUAAAUCAAGAAAGCAUGUGUCUUUUUUUUUUUUUUUUAAGCAUGUGUCUUGUUAGCUACAUAGUUUUGCUAAGUGAAUUUCUUGUUCAUCCUCAAGUAUCUCAACUUUUAUGCUACCUAAAUGUCUUGUACAAGCUUCUGUUUGUCGAGGUCAAAUUCACAGCAAAUAAAGUUAGCAAAACUGAAUGAGGUUGAACUGAAAAUAGGGAAGGAGGAAUUGUGCAAACAUUUCAAGUAGAAGGUCAAUUUAAACUGGGAACUUGAAAGUGAAAUUUUCAUUAUUAAAGAUUCAAAGACUAUAGUGUUUCAAAAAUGGAAGAAAAAUAAGGGAGAAAGGUGUUAAUCAAACUUUUGAACGUAACUAUGGUGGUAUUGGUGGAGAUAUUUAGAUUAAAUCAUCCAGAUAUAUAUUUUUUUAAAGUGGAAACAGAAAGUAGAGAAGUUAUCUUCAAAUGUACCUCAGACCAAUGCCAAUCUGCACCUUGUUAUGAUUUGCCUAUGGCAACAUAAGUAUAGAAAGAAGCAUGAAACUAAGAUAUUGCCAUACAAGUUUUAAUUUGCAGAAGAUUGACCCUCAAGUGAUUGGAAAAUUUUUAAAAAGAAAAAAGAAACUGUUUAUUUUACAAGUGAUAUUUGAGAAUCAUUGAGAUAGGGGACUAUAAUAUAAUCUCUCUCCUUUUUUGUUUUGGCAGUACUGGGGAUGGAACCCAGGGGUACUUUAUCAUUAAACUACAUCACCAACUCCCCCCACCCCACCUUUUUGUGAGACACUGCAAUGCUGGCCUUGAACUUGUAAUUCUCCUGCCUUAGCCUCCUGAGUGGCUGGGAUUACAGGUAUGCACCACCAUGCCCAGCUAUGAUAUGCUCUCAAAAUACUAGUAUCUCAUUAGAAGUAUAUAAACACAGGAAGUACAGAUGUUUCUAACUACUCAAAACUUUGGGUUUUUUUUGGUACCAGGGGUAUUUAACCACUGAGCCUCAUCCCUACCCUUUUUAGUUUUUGUUUGUAGACAGGGUCUUGCUAAGUUGCCUAGGACCUUGCUAAGUUGCCUAGGACCUUGCUAAGUUACUGAGGCUGGCUUUGAACUUGGGAUCCUCCUGCAUCAGCCUCUUGAGCCACCAGGAUUACAGGUGAGCACCAAGCCCAGCUAACUACUCAAACUUCUGAAAGAGGCUAAUAUGCCUCUGAGUGUGUAUGUGUGUGGUAGUGUGGUAUUGGGGGUUGAAUCCAGAGGCACACAACCACUAAGUAUGUAGCCCUUUUUGUUUAUUUUGAGAGGGUCUUGUUAGGUUGGAGAGGGUCUCGCUAAAUUGCUGAGGCUGCCCUCGAAUUUGCAUUCCUCCUGCCUCAGCCACCAGUUCCUGGGAUUAUAGGCAUGUGCCACUGAGUCUGGCCCCUUUUGAAAUAUUAUCAUUAAAAUAAGUUUAUCAGCUAGGCACGGUGGUACAUGCCUGUAAUCCCAAUGGCUCAGGAGGCUGAGAUAGGAUGAUUACAUGUUCAAAGCCAGCCUCAGCAAAAGCAGGCACUAAGGAACUCAAUGAGACCCUGUCCCUAAAUAAAAUACAAAAUAGGGCUGGGGAUGUGGCUCAGUGGUCGAGUACUCUCAAGUUCAAUCCCCAGCACCCAAUAAGUAAAUGAAUAAAUAUUUAUUUAUUUAUCAGUAAGUCCUAGUUUUAAAGGAUAAUUAAGAAUUUUAUAAAGGAGAUGGUUAUCUUACUCCAUCACUGCUCCAACAGUUGACAAGUACUAAAAAUUCUGUUUAUCUUUUCCUCUCUCACUUUUAAUUAAGACUUUGAAUCUACUAAAAUACAAAUGUUGGAACUGCAGUUGUGGCUCAGUGGUAGAGAGCAGCAUGUAUGAGGCAUUGGGUUCAAUCCUCAGCACCACAUAAAAAUAAAUAAAAUAAAGGUAAUAUAUCCAUCUACAACUAAAAAAAAAAAAUUCUUAAAUGCAGAUGUUCCUGAUGGAACUAAACUAUCAGUAUUUUGCAUCUUUUGGUGAAUAAAAAUUCCUAUGGAUUUGUAUGAGGUCCUAUUUAGGGCAGCAGAACACAGCAAACUGUAGAUACAUUUGCCUUUUACCCUCCUGUCUAGUUUCUUCCUGACCUGUAUUUACUGAUGAGCUAAGUUUAAUGCUCUGAAGAUAUCAGGGUUUUAUUUCCAGUUUUGGCUGAAAGUAUCUUAAUAACGAUAUUUGCAAGAUUCAUUUACUAGAAGCUUGAAAUAAUAGGCAUUCAUAGCCAUGAAAUUAGAAUGGUUUAUUUCUGUCUCUGUUGCCCACAUAAGUUUUAACUCUUGAAAAUAUUUUGUAGGUUUUGGUCACUGCACGGUAGUUUCAAAUGGAUCCUCCAGAUGGCGAUCAUGUCUUACUUAGAGAACAGCCAUUGCCACCCACUUCUGCCUACUAAUUGUAUUGGUCCUGUGUUUUGCUUGAUUGCUUGGCAAAGAAAAAGUGGAACUCUUUUCUGUCUCUAUAAAUCUACUUACACAAAUUAUCAUUAAAUGGAUUUUUGUAUAUGGA